UUAAUAAAACUGGCGAUCCUCAAACGAGUAAACCGCUUCUUACGCGUAAAGUUCUACUUCAGGCUUCGUCAGGUAAAAGCACGGCCGACGAUCCUUUUCAGGGUGUACACGCUAUCCUCGUAAUAGUUGGAGAUAUCUCAGAAGAGAAUCCCUAUCAGAAAUCAACGGCGCUUCAGGUAAAUCUUAGUAGGUGGAAACCUCAAUUUAAUGACCAAAACGCUUCAUGA